AUGGCGUCACCAAACAUGGAAACAAUCGAAAGCACCUGCCCUUCAAAUGUCGAAACUAUAUCCGCAUCGCUCCGGUCUUAUCGCGGACACUUAUCACGCACGAUUAACUCCUCUGCCAAAGCCACAUCGGACUUUAUGGACUCGCAGGACAGUGUCUCGCUAACGGAGAAAAAGGACGACAUACGAAGAUACUUUAAGAAAAUCGAAAACCUCACCGUCGCCAUACAAGAAAUCGAUCCAACCAACGCCCCGAAAUACGACGCGGAUCUCAUUAAAGACAGCGACAGAAGCGACGCGGCAAUCCAU